AUGCCAAACCUGAUGGGUGAGAACAGAGCCGUGUGUCAUGUCAGCAUCAACAGAGAGCAGGAUCCAGAGGGAGGGGGGUCCGGGGGAAAGGGCGGGGGUUUCUGUCCCCCGCCCUACCAUCCGUGUGCCUGGGAGAGGGAAGGGGGGGUUCGGCUCUCAUCGACAGAGGCCCCUGUGGCCCCCCUGCAGCUCAUGUCUAACGGCUCCUGUCCAAUCACAGAGCGCAUAGACACCCUCAUCCACUGCGUUAGAGUAAGCCAAAGAAGACGGAUUGGAUUUUCAGUACCAACAAGAAAGUCCAGUUCGACCGCGGAGAUGUCACAGGAGCAUGACAAUAAGCGAGCCGUGUUGGUGCUCCAGAAUGAGGCGGGCUACGGGGGGCAGCGCCGGUCCUUCACCAACGAAGACGAAGCGUGGAAGUCGUUUCUGGAGAACCCCCUCACGGCUGCCACUAAAGCCAUGAUGAGCAUCAACGGAGACGAGGACAGUGCUGCUGCUCUGGGGCUGCUCUACGACUACUACAAGGUGCCCAAGGACAAGAGGACAAUAGCACAGAGCAAACCUGAGGCACUGCUCUCUGAUGUGGAUCACAACAAAAGGCAACAGCUUCAGACAGCGCACAGCCUCGUCCCUCUGCAGGAGGCCGGAGUGGAGAACCGUAUACAGGUCCUGAAAGGACCCUUCAACUUCCUCCACUUGAACACAGACAAACGGAACCAGUUUCCUUCUCCAGACACCACAGUGACACUGUCUAUUGCUGCCGUACCAAACUUUCCUCCAAUCAAGACAGAAGUGCCCACUCACGGCUUCUCUGUCACUGUGCCCAACAACUGUGCAGAAGAGGCCCACGUGUUCGACCGGCAGCUCGUCCACAACACAGUCCAGUUCAGCCCCAGCACCCAGGCCCGCACUCCCCCCGACUCCACCUUUUCCGAGACGUACAAGGACGCUUCCCAGGAGGUGUUUUCCUUCCCAGGGGAACUCCAGCUGAGGAUGGCCACCAUGUCACCCGAGGACUACGCACACUUUGAAAAUGUGCAAGGAAAUAACUUUGAAUACACAUUAGAAGCGUCCAAAUCUCUUCGGCAGAAAACCGGAGACGGGACAAUGACGUAUCUGAACAAAGGCCAGUUCUACCCCAUCACUCUGAGGGAGGUGGACAGCAAAGGACUGCAGCAACCUAUCACCAAAGUCCGAAGUGUGGUGAUGGUGGUGUUCGGAGAGGAGAAGUGCAGAGACGACCAGCUCAAACACUGGAAGUACUGGCACUCCAGGCAGCACACGGCCAAACAGAGGUGUCUCGAUAUCGCCGACUACAAGGAGAGCUUCAACACCAUCGGAAACAUUGAGGAGAUUUCCUACAACGCUAUUUCUUUCACAUGGGACACUAACGAGGAAGCAAAGAUCUUCAUCUCGGUGAACUGCCUGAGCACAGACUUCUCGUCCCAAAAGGGCGUGAAGGGUCUGCCUUUGAACCUCCAGAUCGACACGUACAGCUACAACAACCGCAGCAACAAGCCCAUCCACCGGGCCUUUUGCCAGAUCAAGGUGUUCUGCGACAAGGGGGCAGAGAGGAAGAUCCGCGACGAGGAGAGAAAGCAGUCCCGGCGAAAGGGCAAGGUGCCUGAGCUCAACCCCAACCUGCCCUUUGUGGACAUCAAAAUGCCCAUGAUCCAGAAGAGGAACGAUGUGACGAUCUUCAAAAUGAUGAGUGACAUGGAGACACAACCGGUGCUUUUCAUCCCAGACAUCCACUUCAGCGCCUACCAACGUCAUCCGUUCACCACAGAAGAAGGAGAAGAUAGCUCGGGCCUAAAGCGGUUACCCUUCAGUGAGGAUGACUUUACCUCGCCUCCAAACAAAAUGGUUCGACUGGACGAGCCAAAGAAAGUGCUGCUGUACGUGCGCAAAGAGACAGAGGAGGUGUUUGAUGCCGUCAUGCUGAAGAAUCCAACUCUGAAGGGCCUGAUGGAAGCGAUAACAGAGAAGUACGAACUGCCUGUUGAGAAGAUGGGAAAAAUCUACAAGAAGUGUAAGAAAGGAAUCCUGGUGCACAUGGACGACAACAUCAUCCGGCACUACUCCAACGAGGACACGUUCCAGAUGUCCAUAGAAGAGAGCGGCGGCCUGUACAAACUCACCCUGACUGAGAUCUGA